UGUUAGAAUAUGCUGCAUGCGCGUGCAGGAAGUGUUAUGAAAUUAUUUUCCGUUAGAAACAUUUCUGAUGCAAUAAUUACAUUUCACGCGUUAUUAUUUUUCAGAGCUUUGCAAGUUAACAAUCAAACGUCGUCUUUAAUAACAUAUUUGAAGUUCUGACAAGUGCAGGAAAGAAAGUUUGUUAAGUGAAAGAAAAGUGAUUUGAAUAUAAAAUUAUUAUCUAUUGAACAAGAUGAGUACAGCAAAGGAAAAUUGUCCACCAUCUCCAGGUAAAGUCAGAAGAUGCAAUGCAGCUUUUGGAGAAGAACUUUUUUCGCAAUAUAACCAAAAUACCUGCGAAUGCAUUAAUUUAAAAAUGCAGUUAAAAAAAUUAGAAGAAAAAAUCGUAAAACAAAAUCAGGCAAUUAUGGACGUCUUGGCAUCACAUUCAGUAUUGCUAAAUAAAAUCUAUAAAAAUGAAACGAUGCCCACCGAAGUGUCAACUGUUUUCCCGAUAAAAACGGUGGAAGAAUUAGAGAAACUGAAUAACGGUAUAUCUGAGGAGGAUAUUCCUUUUUAUGUUGCAACUGUUAAAAUGAAGAUAAAAGCUGGCGGUUUAAUUAAAAAUUUCAGCAAACUGAUUUCCGAAGACAUUUGUCUGAAUUACAAUUAUAAUGGAGAAUGA